GGAGUCACGCACCUGUGAAUCCACACCUGAGAACCAGAAGGACAGCCAAGCCGGAGAAGAGGCAGAAAAGAAGAGAUAGACAGAAACUCAUUGAAAUCGGGCCUGUAGGGCGAUGACCUUACCUGCUGGACUCAACGGGACAGAGAACUGAACAGACAGGAUAGUGACGGCUCUUACACAGAUAACAGCUGUCCCAACAGACGCACAUUCACCUGCACAGAGCUACCCAAGUCUGUUUUCAUCUAAAUGGCGACCGCAGAACCAGCACCAGCCUGGUGGAAACUGACUUUCCUGCGUAAGAAGAAAUCAGAGCCCAAAGUGUUGUACGAAAUCCCUGGAGACCAUGGCAGCAACGCUGGGGAGACGCCCGGGACGCCCGACACAGCUGUGGACAGCCAGUUUAACGCCCGCUUGGAACGCAUCGUGGACAAAACGGCAACAAAGGGACGCCAUGUGAAGGUCUCACAUUCGGGCCGGUUUAAAGAGAAGAAGCGAAUCCGCUCUACGCUGGCAGAAAACCCUGAGCUGUUCCCCGAGGCAGAAACAACGACUAGUGAGAAUAAUAAAAGUGGGAAAUAGAGUCACUGUGUAAACAUAUAGAGUCACUGUGCGUGAAGCAGCUCAAGAGGGCCUUGGUCUAUGCACUCUUUCAUUGACGCAGUUUACAAUCGCCUGCGGUUGAGCCUGAAGCUGGAAAAGGAUCGCUGAAUUAGAGACAGAUCUAUACUAAUGUUUGAGAACAAAGACAGGCACAAACCCACAGAUCAGGUUUCUUCUCAGAUACCAGCUACACACAGCAGGACUGCAUUGUGGUCGUCUGAUGAAAGGCUGACAGUUAGCAAAUGUUUAGCCAAGAGAAACCCACUGAGAGAGAAUCAGAUCAAUCAUAUAUCGGCACAAGAUAUCAAUAAUGUUUUGAUUAUUCUCGUUUCCUGUAUUUUAUAUGGCGAAAACUACAAUUGCAGCUACAGCACUUUCAAUUCAAUAGGAAUAUUACCAGCAAUAAUAUGAUAAAAGAUCGUAGAGAGACGUUUACCCAAUUCAAAAUGUAUAAUAUAUUGUAGUUAUAUAAAAAAUAUUGUUGUUAUCAUUAUUUUAAGAAAAGUAGUUCAGUGUUUGAAUGUUACACCAUAGCUUUCGACGACCGACUAGACCAAAAUAUCUGUUUUUAAAUCGAUGUGCCUGUGUUGUUUGUUUGAUAUUUAUUGUUUAUAAAAUUUAAUCUGAACAUGGUGGGGCUUUUUCCAUUUUAAUAAUUGUGUUUUGUUAAAAUAAAUUGUCAAAUAUUUGUACACUGCCUAAUGUAAUUGUUUGCUUAGCCGGGAUUUGAAACAGAAUUUUGUACAAAAUUACAUGCUGUUUUUAAAUAUAGGUUUUUAGAAAAUAAAUUAACGCAUUCUAGAUGGCAGCUGUAAUUUAUUGUCUUUCUCUGUUCC